AUGUCUACUCGUCGUCGGCCUCAUGUACCAUCAACGAACUGCGCUCUGGCAAGGACUAACAGAAGAUCCGGGCUACAGCACGGCGUUAACAUAAUUUCUGGGCUGCAGGUAUCCAAUGACCAGGAUAAAGCGAUUAUUGAAUAUGUCGAACGAUGGAUGGAGCACGGCUUUCAAUUAAAAAAGCAAUCGAUUGUGUCACAAAUCGCUAGUGCCUAUCUCAAACAUCAGGGUGCCCCAGACAAUGGUACGAGUCGUCAUGGUGGGAUAUUUUCUCGCAAUCAGAACUUUCAUGAGGAAAUCAAAAAGUUCCGAAAGUUAGAGAUAGGUGGCUUAGCAAGCAAAGAUCCUGAAUUGGAAGAUGAGAGGCUCUGCAAAUUCAUAGAUCAGUUUGGGGCCAUUCGAGAAAAGUAUGGGCUCGAUGAUGAACAUAUCUAUGCACUCUCAGACACAGGAUAUGCCACUGCAAUCCAAAAGGACAAACAGCCUUUGAGCAUCCGCCGCAAGAGGCCUUCCGAGAACCGCACAUUGGCCUCUGUUAUCUACUGUUACCCGGCCCGGGGCAAGCCGCUUUUACCCUAUGUUACCUUCAAGUCUUCCGAGGUUCAAGCGCCGAAGUGUACAGUCGGAGUCAAGAUAUCGUACAACACAACUGGCUGGGCAGAAAACGCGCAUGCACUGGAUUGGCUGAACAACGUCUUCAUGAAGGAAAUAGAAUCCAGUCAAUCUGGAAUGAGAGGCUCAAGCCAAUACCGUCUGCUACUGGUUGAUAAUCUCUUCCCCGUGACACCUGAAUUCUUUGUGACCUGCUGGGAAAUAAAGGUCAUCUGUCUUUGUGUUCCCCAAAAAGGCAGCGAAUAUCUCAGCCCCUUUGAAAAUGGGAUUUUCGACGGCCUUGAUAAGCUCUAUGCAGAGCAUAUGAAGAAACAGUUACGAGAGAAACAAGAGGAGAGUCUACGAGACGGACAACGAGGGAGACAAAGAGAGAAAUUGCCAUAUACUAUCUCGGCAUCUCAAUUUGCGAUCUUCAUUUGCCGUGAACUCGGAUCCGUUGUGCGAGUUACCGAAUCAAAGCGUGCGUGGCUCAAUACUUGCCUGCUUCCACCCAGCCAAGAACGAUUGAUCAAUCGUCGCAAGGGCGACCGGAUUCGUUCUCAAACUGUCGAACCCAGCAGCCCACUCCGUGGUAGGAGGCGCCGUGGAUCAUUCGACGAGACCAACUACACGGAGCUAACCACUAACGACAACAACACCCGCUUGCCUUCACCCAGCCGCACACGAUCGACCAAUCGUCACACGUGCGACCGGACUCGUGCUCGAACUGUCGAGCCCAGCAACCUAAUCCGUAGUAGGCGGCGCCGUAUAUCACCGGAUGAGACCAGUGACACGGAGCGAAGCACUGCCGACAAUCCCAUUGCUGUAAUUGUUCACCGGGACCAAAUAGCUUCGCCGGAAUCGGUGCAAGGCCCACAGCUAAGAAAUCCCUCUGAGUGGGAGGUCCUAGAACAACAAGAAGUCUCUGAAAAUUCAUCGGACACUGAAUGGUCCGAGCAAUCAAGCAGCGAAGACGAAAAAUCCUACACCAGCGCCAACGUCCCCGCGACACCAUGUCGAACCCCAAAUCGACUGAAAACUCCCAGAUCGUCCCGAAAACUGGAAACGCUACUAAGUUCGGUGAUGUCCCUUGAAGACUUUCAAAAUUGCGUUGAGCAGUACGAAAACGCAUCAUCACCCGCUGACAAGAAGCGACGCCGCGAACAAAUCACGCUGGGCUAUGCUAAAUGUAUUUGGAAACUUGAGGACGCAAUUCAAUCACCGCCGGGGUCCUCUUCAAAAAAAUCCAGAACUCAUUGA